CAGGAUGAGCUGGCACAAAACGCUGGAAGCCGGAAGUGUUUACAACAGGGAGCUAGGCUAGCAGGCUAACCAACCUGACUGAGCCGUCUUUAAAGCUCAGCGUUAGCGAGUGGACGGAGUUUCUUUUGGUUUGUGAUCGCGGAUUUUCUGAGGAGUCAGGAUGAGUCUGCAGUGGACAGCAGUGGCCACCUUCCUGUAUGCUGAGGUCUUCUUUGUCCUGCUGCUCUGCAUCCCCUUCAUCUCACCCAAGAGGUGGAAUCAGAUCUUCAAAUCUCGGAUCGUCCGGACCAUCGCCCUCUAUGGAAACACGUCGUUCAUGGUGGCCAUCGCCAUCCUCGUCUUCCUGCUCAUUGAUGCUUUCCGUGAGGUGAGGAAGUACAGCGUGACGGAGAAGGUGGAUCUGACCAACAACCCGACGGCCAUCGAACACAUCCACAUGAAACUGUUCAGAGCUCAGAGGAACGAGUACAUCGCAGGCUUCGCCCUGCUGCUCUGCCUGUUGCUGCGCCGUCUUGCCACCCUGCUCUCCCAGCAGGCCUCGCUCAUGGCCUCCAACGAAGCCUUCAAGAAGCAGGCAGAGGGCGCCAGCGCUGCUGCUAAGAAGUACAUGGAGGACAACGAGCUCCUGCAAGAGAAACUCCAUGAAGCUGGUGUGGAGGUGCCGCAGGCCGGGAAGAAGGGAGCUGGACCACAGGAGGAGAACAGGUCUCUGAAGGAGGAGGUGAAGACCCUGAAGGAGGAGCUGGACACCACCAAGAAAGCUCUGCUGAAGUCUGACAGUGACGUUCGCGCCAUGAAGAAACAGGCUGAGAAUCUGACGGUGGAGUAUGACAGACUGCUGGACGAGCACAGCAAGCUGCUGGCAAGCAGCGACAAGAAGUCGGACUGAGGAGGUCUUCAUUGAGCACUCUGCACCGUCCUGCUCAGCCAUGUGAUGUCACUUCCUGUGUUUUGGCUCAGCUCAGAUUCCUGGGCUGCUAUUGGUUUACUCCACAUGCUUUGAACAUGUCCCAUCUGACUGUUGGAGCUGAGAUUUUUCUUUGUCUGAGGAGUUUUUGUUUGGUGUUUUCCGAUCUGAUCGUUCCAGUGUCCUGCUGCUGCCGUCGUGUUUCUGCCGUUUCAUUCCAGAGUCAGACGUUCUUCACACGACUAAAGUUAAAACUCUUGUGGAUUCAAGUCGGGGUUUUCAUUAAUCACCUGCCGACUGUCCCAUAACUCGACAGCCGGAUGUUCACCCACGUCCAGUCAAAUAAAAACCACCACCACACUUUGGGUCUCUGGGCUCCUUGUUGUUCUCAAAUCCUGUCUUGAGGUUUCACUGUGCAGUUCUGUUGGGGCCUGAGGGUGCACGUGUGUGUGUGUGUGAAUGUGUGUGUGUGUCUGUGUGUGUGUGCGUGUGUGUGUGUGUGUGCAUGCGCCUUUUCUCUGGAUGUCUGCUGUGUUGUCACUCGUCUCUGUGCUGACCAUCAGUUCUGUGUGGAGGAGGCUUCAGCAGACCCUGGAUCAGAAUUAAAAACACAAACCGGGUUCCUGUCACGUGGACGUCCUCGGUCUUCAUGUGAUCAUUUCUCUGCUGACUCAGCUGCGUGUCUGACAUUCUUGUUUCAUCAUGUUUAACGCUCUGUUCCAAAUGUUCUUUAUCCAAUAAAGUGAGCAGGAAGGUGGACCCUCUGACAUUCA